UCUAACAUCUCUGUGGAGACAGGUGAGGAAUUUUCUCCAAGGUUUCUUCCGGGUCGUGCUGCUUCAAGGAAAGUGUCGGGCUGGCCUGAUAUGGAUUAUGAGGGUCAUGUACAGAGAUGUUGGUCGAAUUUCAAUCAGAACCUACACCUGGGCUAUGAGGAUUCUACUGGGAGUGAGACUCCUGGGCUUAGGAGAAUGGAAUUUGAAUUUGGUUUUGAUGUCCUGAAUUCUCCUAUAGGAAGAAGGCAUGUUAUGGGGGUUGAUGAUAGGGGUUAUUCUGAUAAAGCAAGCAAAUGUCUCAAGGAAACUGGUGAAUAUUUACCCAAUACUUCUUCCGGUGAAAUGAAUUAUGACCAAGCUGUUCCAGGGUUGGUAGCUCAUUCUGGCGGUUUUCUGUCCAGUUGCUCUGGUGGGUAUCACCCUCAUGGAUUGGGAGCAUCUGAUAGUUCCCCACCCAGAAAGAUGAAGUUCCUCUGCAGCUUCGGUGGAAGAAUCUUGCCCAGGCCUUGUGAUGGGAAGCUUAGAUAUGUGGGUGGAGAAACACGGAUAAUCACCAUUAGGAAGAACCUUUCUUGGCAUGAACUUAUGCAGAAGACAUUGGGUGUUUGCAACCAACAGCAUACCAUCAAGUAUCAGCUCCCAGGGGAAGAUCUCGAUGCCCUCAUAUCCAUCUCAUCAGAUGAAGAUCUUCAGAAUAUGAUGGAGGAAUACAACGAGCUCGAAAGGAUCGAUGGGUCUCAGAGGCUUCGGAUAUUCCUUGUCACUUCAAAUGAAUCCGACGACUGUUCUUAUGAAGCAAGAAGCCUGCAGGGGAAUUCCGAAUAUAAUUAUGUCGUUGCUGUUAAUGGCAUAGUAGACCUGAGUCCCAGGAAGAGCUCAGGUGAGCACAGCUUAGCAAGCCUACCAGGGCAUAACAUCGAAAAUGUGCCAGGCUUUCAUAGGGAAACUCCUAGACUGCAUCCAUUGAAAAUUCAAGAUUGGACAGGAAUGUUCUCACAUCCCACUUCCCAGUUUUUCAUAGCUGCCCAAAAUGCUAGCAAGUCCCCCAUCCACUCACCUCCUUUUUCUCCUGUUCCUAUCCAGCAAAAGGAUUCUAGAAAUGCUUUGAAGCAGUUGGUUGAAGAUAACUUUUACCAUGGUGGUAAUGAGAACUAUUCAGUCCUCCUGGAUCAACCGCGUGAUUACUCUUAUGCCAUGGAUCCUAGCUAUUGUCCACAUGAGGAAAUUGCAAGGCAUCAUCCUUACAAACAGACUGAUGCUGACCAGCCAGUUAAACCCCAUGGAUUGCAUUUCCACAGCCGCACACUCAGCAGAGAUUUAGCUUGCUAUGAUGUCGAUGCUGACCAGCCAGUUAAACCCCAUGGAUUGCAUUUCCACAGCCGCACACUCAGCAGAGAUUUAGCUUGCUACGACGAUGAUACUGACCGGCCAGUUAAACCCCGUGGAAUGCAUUUCCACAGCCGCACGCUCAGCAGAGAUUUAGCUUGCUAUGACGAUGAUGGAAAUUCUUUCUGUGAAAAACCUUUUGCUAAAGGAAGGACGUCCCCUUCCAAGAAGUUGCAGAGUCAGCUGGAAGAUUCGCUAAGCUGGUUGUUUGGGUCAACUGGUUCAAACAGUACUCAUAGUUGGAUGCCACAUACACUCUCCGAUUUGACGCUUCAGGAACAUGGUGGAAGGUCUGAUUACUGUUCGCAACGAACCAACCCCCCCUUCGAAUUUUCAGCAGUGGCAUCACCUUCAUCCAUGAUUCAAAGUAUCAUGCAAGAAGGGCCAGUGCAGCACCAAGAAAAGAGGGAGCUUACUGAUUCGGAAUUCCAAAUUGAGUUACCAAACACAAUGUCUACAAGCUUCCAGGUGGGGCAGGAUUUGAAAAUUUGUUCAGGUCGUCCGGAAUUUCCAUGCCGAAGUGAAUCUAUUUGCAAUAAUGCCAAUUAUAUGUACGAAGAGCAUCGAGCUAAAGAAAAAGCCAGUGAGCCCAAGUGCAGGUCAAGGGACCAUCAUGUGGAGUCUGAAUUGGGUUGUGAAAAGUUGAUUCAGGUGGUUAAAAUGGAUGCUCUCCUGCAUCAGGAUGGAAAAACUCACGACACUGAUAUUGGUAGAGAUCCUGUUACUCCUCCAUAUAGGAGCAAACUGCCUGGGAUUGACUCUCACCCGACCUCUAUGCUUGGUGUUUAUGUAACCCCUGAAGAAUCAGAAACAUCAGAGAGCAAGGUUCCCGCAUCGUCAUUCAUUACUUCGGAAACUCGUCCAAAUAUCCUUAAAGAGCCCUCCCUAGGCUUUCAAACAGAUGAAAUCGCAUCUGAACCUCCUGACCCAAGUAAAAGGACUACCAAGGACGACUGGCAUGUUUCAUCAGAACCAUUAAAAGAUGACCCGAAUAUGAACAAUAGCCAAGAACAUACAAUCAUAAGUUCUGUAAAUUUAUCUCUGUUUACUGAAAAUGACGAUCCGAAGCCAAGAUUGAACUUGCAUACCCAUGAAUCAUUGAAGGAAGAAAAUGCCAUUUUUGUCAAUGUGGAGCCCAAAACUAAUUUGGAAGAGCAAAUCCAGCUGGAAUCGGGGGUUAUUGUCGAAGAUGUAACUGAUAAUAUUCCUUCAGGCAUCCACUCUGACCCAGAAGUUGUUCCUUAUGUGAUGGAUGUGACAGAUGCAGAAAGCAUUACUAAUGAGUCCGAAUCUGAGGAUGCUAAAGCUGACGAUAGAGAGAGAGAUGAAUCUAUCAGUGAUGCUGCAAUGGCUGAAAUGGAAGCUGGCAUUUACGGUUUGCAGAUUAUAAAGAAUGCUGAUCUUGAAGAACUACGAGAGUUGGGAUCUGGAACAUUUGGAACUGUUUAUCAUGGGAAGUGGCGGGGAACAGAUGUUGCUAUUAAGCGUAUUAAAAAGAGCUGCUUUGCAGGACGAUCAUCUGAGCAAGAGCGGCUGACCAAAGACUUUUGGAGGGAAGCCCAGAUCCUCUCUAAGCUUCACCAUCCGAAUGUUGUAGCCUUUUAUGGGGUGGUCCCGGAUGGGGAUGGCGGGACACUGGCCACUGUAACCGAAUUCAUGGUGAAUGGGUCACUCAAAAAUGUCCUAGUAAGGAAGGAAAAGGCUCUCGAUCGUCGUAAGAGGCUUAUAAUUGCAAUGGAUGCAGCGUUCGGCAUGGAAUACUUACAUUCAAAGAACAUUGUUCAUUUUGAUCUGAAAUGCGAAAAUUUGCUCGUCAAUAUGAGGGAUUCGCAACGACCCAUAUGCAAGGUUGGGGAUUUCGGAUUGUCAAGAAUUAAACGCAAUACUAUGGUUUCGGGUGGCGUGCGUGGGACCCUACCGUGGAUGGCACCAGAAUUACUGAAUGGUAGCAGCAGCCGGGUUUCUGAGAAGGUUGAUGUUUUCUCCUUUGGCAUUGCGAUUUGGGAGAUUCUCACAGGGGAGGAACCCUAUGCCAAUAUGCAUUGUGGUGCAAUCAUAGGUGGUAUUGUGAACAAUAAUCUUCGGCCGCAAAUUCCAAAGCGCUGUGAUCCCAAGUGGAGAAAGCUAAUGGAAGACUGUUGGUCACCCGAUCCUGAGGCUCGCCCAUCAUUUUCUGAUAUAACUAGCAGGCUGCGUGUGAUGUCCAUGGAACUUCUGGCCAAAAGACAGGAUCCAGCAAACAUAUGAGGAUUAUUGUUUUCUUGCAAUUCCACAGCAUCAAAGCAAAGAUGGAUUUGAUGAUGGAGGGAACAUAGAGCUCCUGGGAGACACGACAACAACAAUCAUCUGGUGAUGUGGAGAGGAAUGUUCUAACUUUAAAGAGGAGAAUAAGAUCUGUACUCUUCUUGCUUGUGAUUGUUAAUAAAUCUAAUUCAUUUUUUCCCCAAUCUAUGUAAAGAUUGAACAGGUGAUUCAUGGUGCACAAGCCAAUGUGACGCAUACAUGCAAGAUUGGGCCAUUCACCUGGUGGGGAGCUACCAUCAAUAUGUCUUCCCUGCCCAUAAAUCAGGCUAGUGCACUCACCAGGUAAGCAAUAUUGUUUAUUAACUGUUGGUCAUUAUUUCUAACUAUCCAUUUUUCUCAUGUUCCGUGCUUAUGAGUGGGCCAGCCUGAUUAUUGGGACAGCAUAUUCUUGUCAUGGCCCUCACCUGAUGAAUGGCUCCUAUUUUCAGACAACUGCAGUAAAAUCACCUCUUUAAUCUCUCCAUGUGCCUUUGCAGUUCUCAUUUUUGUGUAUUAUCUUGAUCACAGUACACCAUCCAGGAUUUAUUUGGAAUUAGAUGUAUUCAGGACAGUUGUCCACAA